GUAAGGUUGUUAGUUGCAGUUUCGAAAAUCUAUGAAAGAAUUUGUUCUGGUAGCUUGUUAUUUCUCGUUCGUGUAGGGAGAUUUAUGAAGGGACUUUUGAAAAGUCGUUAACUUUUGAAUUCUUGAAAAGUCGUUAAGUUUACGGGGGUUUCGGAAGUUUUUGAAAAGUCGUUAGGUUUAAGGAAAAUUUUGAAAAGUCGUUAAGUUUUGGCGGUUCUGAAAUAUUUUUCGAGGAAGCUCUUAAAAUUUCAUUAAUUUGUCGUGUUUUUGUGUGGUUGGCAGGUGAAUGCAAGGCGAUCGAAAAUGCAGGAAGCUGACUCAGCUCCUUUCUAUUACUUGGAGGAUUUGUGCGAAUCUCUUACAAUGCGAAGUCUGUAUGGAGCGGGGGUACCAUUUUUGUUAAAUGGGCAAGAUCUAGUUACACAGUAUUAUGUUCCGUAUUUGUCAGGCAUACAACUGUAUGUGGACCCAUCGAAGCCUCUCUUAGAUCUUAGGAAACCUGUCGAGGAGAAAGCUGAAAUUUCUAGUUCUCCCGGACUUCUCGUUUUGGACUAUAUGGAACGGGAAAAACCGUGGCUGCGCAAACCGUUAAGUGAGCAGCUUGAAGCUCUGGCAUCCCAGUUAAAUCUGAAGCAGUGCAGGAGCAGUGAUCUCCUUCCUACUAGUUGGAUUUCUAUUGCCUGGUAUCCAAUUUAUAGAAUACCCGUCGGCCCUGUACUAGGGGAUCUGGAGGCAUCUUUUUUGACCUUCCAUUCGUUGUCAACACAAGCCGCGAAUGCUAGCAAGGACCGUGGCAUUGUUGAUUCUUCUUCAAAGAUCUCCUUGCCGGUCUUUGGCCUUGCGUCAUUCAAGUUGAGAGGUUCAAUUUUGAGUCCUCAUGAACCACUUGAAUGCAAGCAAGAAUGGUCUCUUUGGCAAGCUGCUGAAUCUUGGCUUCAGCAUUUGCGCGUUGCUCUCCCUGACUUCCAGUUUUACCGUGCUCACUACCCUCGACAGAGAUGACGGGGGGCGAAGUUUCGUGAUCUGCCCAAUUCUACUUAUAGUGGGCAGAAGUUGAGUGCCAAUAUUGGAACCAAUUUUGUGCGGAAGUGUGUAAAUUCUUCCAAUAGCAUAUAUAUUUUAAAAGAAUUGUAUAAAUCAUGUAGCUUGAGCGGGGUUUCUGUAUAUGAUAAAUUCACAGAAGAAUUGCUGUAUAGGGCACAGUCAAGAAUUAGA